UCGGCGCCGCUCGUUAUGGUUGAAAUACAAAAGCCGCAUUCGGCGCUAAAGCGUCCAUCGCUCAAACGCGAAACUGUUGUUGUCAACAAUAGUGCGCCCACCAUCAAAAAGGUGACGCUGGUGCCCAAGGAUGAGGAACUGGUGGCAAUUUCGCCGGAGCGACGCAAUUGGCGCGGCAUCUUCAUAGCGCUGCUGGUGAUUGCCGCUGUCUUCAGUUUGAUUAUCUUUUCCAUUUUCUUGCUGUCACCCGAGGAUGAGGGACUGCGCAUUCGUGGACGUCGCAUGCUGCCCAGCGAUAUACUCAGCAAGAGUUUGCAAUGGAAGUCCUUCAAUGGCACUUGGAGCAAUGAUAACGAACUGGUCUAUCGCGAUCCAACUGGCGGGCUGUCCAUACUCAACAUGGCCGACUAUACGACGCGUAUUCUUAUGACCAAUUCUACAUUUCGACAAUUGAAUGCGGAAACGUUUCUGGUAGCGCCGGAUCAGAAAUAUGUGCUGCUGCAGUCCGAUAGCAAUGCAGAGGGCUCCAGACAUCAUGUUUACGAGGUGCAAACGGCCAACACAUUCCCAUUGGGACCAACUGAGAAUAUUGCCGAAGCGCCGCGUUUGCAACACGUUGUGUGGGCACCAAUCAAUCCGCCACCUCCGGGCACGCCCACACCUAGCAGCAGCAGCAGCAGCAGCACAUUGACGCCGCUGCCAAGCGGCAGCAUCAUAUUGAAUAGUCUUGCUGGUGCCGCAGCAGGCGGUCCAGCCAAAGGCGCAUCCAGCAGUAGCAGCAGCGGCAGCCCGAGCACUGGCGUAGGCAAUGGCAAUAGUCCAAUGCCCAAUGGCAGCAAUGGGCAGCCAGCAAACAAAGCCGCCUACACACUCAAUCAGGCCAUCGCCUUUGUGCAUCACAACGACAUUUACUACAAGCCCAAGGUGCAGGGCGAGCUCGUUUGUCGCAUCACGCAGACAGGCCUGGCGGGCAUCUAUUACAAUGGCGUGCCCGAUUGGACGUACGAGCAUGUGCCCGAGCUGGACAGUCGCAGCAGCAGCAUUGCCUUCUCCCCCGAUGGCCUCUUCCUCGCAUUUCUCAGCUUCAACGACAGUGGCGUCAACGAAUACAAAUACACCUGGAUGGGCGACGAUAUCAAGUAUCCGGCGGUGUUGAGUCAGCGCUAUCCCAAGGCGGGUGCACGCAAUCCGAAUGUAACGGUUAAUGUGGUGAAUUUGUCGGUGAUCAAAUAUAUAUUCCCCACACAAAUCAAAUUGCCAGCUGAACUCGCCAAUGGCAGCUAUGUGGGUGGCCUAAGCUGGGCCUCGCCCAUCGAUCUUUCGGUGACAGUAACAAAUCGCGAGCAGACCAAGGCCACAACAGUCAUUUGCCGCGCUCCACACUUCAAUUGUCAGGUGGUGCACACCGAGGUGACCAUUAACGACGGCUGGGUGCUGCCGGCGGAGCGUCCAAUCUUCUCAGCACGCAUUGCGGCGCAGCUGCGUGGCGCCGCCAACAGUCAGCGCCAGCUGCAGUUUCAGCUGCAGCUGCAGGAGCAGCAGCAGCAAGUGCCCUUCAACAUGAACGAAAGUCAGGCGAGCGUCAAUGGUCAGACUACCUAUGAGAUAUCCAAUGGCGGCUACUUGCUCAAGCGUCUGCCUGUGCGUGAUGGCGAGCAUGGACACUUUCGACAUGUUGUGUUCAUAUCCUCGCUGGAUCGUCGUCCCGUGCCGCUGACCAUGGGUCGCUUUGAGGUUACCGAAAUUGUUGGCUGGGAUGAGCUGCAUGAGCUGGUUUACUUUAUGGCCGCGCCGGAGAAGCGACCGGGCGAGCGGCAUCUCUACCGCAUCAGCCUCAAGCUCAACGUCACCGAAUCGAAUCGCACCUACAUAACGAGCAGCCAGCCCGUCUGCCUCACCUGCGACAACACCGAGUCCACCUAUCGCCUGCAUCGCGCCCACAGCAAUUGGCAGCGCGGCAACGAGCGCUGGGAGGAUGUGGUGUCGCGACUGGAGCCGGACGACUGCAUCUACGACAUACCCAAGAAUUGUCUAUACAAUCGCAUACAGUUCAGUCGCGACUACAGCUAUUAUGUGCAGGAGUGCUUGGGCCCGGAGGCGCCCAGUGUUUACCUAGUGCAGACUACAACGAACCAGAAGAUUUAUGUGCUCAAUGCUGGCGAUCUGCUGCGCCAUCGCCUCUCCCAGCUGGCCAUACCGCAGAUGCGCACCUUUAGCGUUGAGAUCCGUCAUGGCUUUCAUGCCCAAGUGCGUCUCUUUUUGCCGCCCGGCAUGCGUGAGGAGGAGGAGGUUGCCUUUCCACUCGUGCUGCAUGUCGACGCCUCGCCAGGCUCUCAGCUGGUUACGGAGCGUUUCCAAGUCGACUGGAACUGGUAUUUGGCCAGUCAGCGCAGCUUUAUUGUUGCCCAAAUCGAUGGGCGUGGCAGCGGCUAUCAGGGCGAACUGCUGCGCACACAAGUUCAUGGCAAACUGGGCACGGUUGAGGUUGAGGAUCAGCUGGGUGUGCUCACUUAUUUGCGCGAUAAUCUCAAGUUUAUCGAUCCACUGCGUAUUUGCGCCUUUGGCUGGGGCUAUGGUGGCUACGUCUCCACCAUGAUGCUAAUUGAUGAUUCACAGCAGGUGCUGCAAUGCGCCGUCGCCAUUAAUCCCAUUGUUAGCUUCGGCUAUCACUAUUCCUUCUUCACGGAACGCUACAUACCCUUGAAGGGCGACUAUUUGCGUGCGCUGCAGGAAGCUGAUCUCACCAUGAAGGCGGGCAACAUCAAGGGCAGAAAUCUGAUGCUAAUGCAUGGCACAGCGGAUACGCUGGUGCAUCAGGAGCACACUUUGAUGCUGGUGCGCGCCCUGGUCGAUCAGCAGGUCAAGUUUCGGCAUCAAGUGUAUCCGGAUGAGGAUCAUGGCAUUGUGCGUUCGUUGAGUCAUGUGUACAAGACCAUCGAGUGGUACUUCGAUGAGUGCUUCGGCCCCGUCGACGACAACGAGUGGGACCCGACGGGUCUGUUUGUGUUUAAACAAUAAUUAAGACCCCCCUACGA